GUCCCUUUUUCUUCCGGUUUUGCGUGCUUUUCUUCUGUGCGUUUCACGCUUCAUGUUUCGCCGGACUCCGUACUGGCCAAAAGUGGCGCGCUCGUGGACCAAGGCAUCUAUCAGUGCCGCCUCCGCUCACUUCCCGGAUGCGGUGCGUGCCGCUGACCCUGCUGCCUCCCGCAGCGGCGCCACCUCUGCGAAGGAAACCCGCAACUGGUCGUUAAACGACAAGACGGUGAAAACGGCAGCUCUGCCGAAACCACUUGCGCUGGUGGUUAAGAAAGCGAAGCUCUACGGCGAACUCGUGCGGUUUACUCGGCCUAUGGGGUGGCAGCUGCUGCUCAUUCCCUGCUAUUGGGGCUCUGCGUUGGCCGUCACGCGGGCCAUGGUGUGGGAGGGGGCGGACCCAGCUGCCUUGUUUGCACCGUUUAUCCCUCUCCACCUCGCCGUGCAGUUUCUGAUCGGUGCGUACCUGAUGCGAAGUGCUGGCUGCAUUGUCAAUGAUAUGUGGGACCGCAAGUUUGAUCGAUUGGUCGAGCGAACAGCGGAGCGACCGCUGGCGUCCGGCGCCGUGUCGAUGCCCGAAGCCUGGGGUGUUCUCAUCUCGCAUGUCGCGAUGGCGGGUGUCAUCGCGAUGAACCUGUCGCCCGCUGCGCUGACGGCCGCCGUCGCCAUCACACCUGUCUGGGUCAUGUACCCCUUCAUGAAGCGCAUCACCUACGCCCCACAGCUUUUCUUGGGUUUGUGCUUCAACUGGGGUAUUUUUGUGGGCUACGCCGCGGUGCUUGGCCGGGUCGAUCUAGCGAUUUGCCUGCCCAUUUACUGCGGGGCGGUGCUGUGGACGAUCUUGUACGACACCAUCUACGCUUAUCAGGACCGCCGCGACGACCUGAAGUGCGGGGUGAAGAGCACCGCCAUUUGGAUUGGGGAUCGCAAGCACAUUCUCUCGGCCGCGGUGGCACCGAUCGGUGCGUGCAUGCUGCUCACGGGCUUCCUCGCCUCGCAGUCUCUGCCCUACUACAUUGGUAUCCUGAUGUGCAUGUACCACCUGCACGGCAUCGUCGACGACGUGAACAUCUACGACAGCUGGUCGUGUGCGCAGGGCUUCAAGCGGAAUGUGCGCUUGGGCCUCUACGUGCUGCUUGCGAUGUGUGUCGGCAACGUGUGCUGGGCCGCCGCCUCCGAGCACGAGACGGAGCACGACAAGAAAUUGGACAGUGUCCCGCAGUCGUCGCUGCUGUCGCGCUUUCUCUUCUUGGACCAACACGCGGAGCGCCGCACGUACAACACGGAGAGCUUUAACUGGGUGGAUCGCGCUGUGCACCCGGCCUUUGUGCAGGCGGAGAGUGCGAAGGCCGCUGGAUUGACCGAGGCGCCGCCGAUCCCGUCGUGGAUGCGGCGGGAGUACCUCGGCCAGAACGUGUCCACGGUUCUUACCUUCUGUGGUGUACCGGAAGAGAAGGUGGAGGCGUGGGCGGCGAAGUGGUACGAGUUGUCGGAUCACUAUAACAUGUUCUCCAAGCUCUCCAUUUAA